UGUACCUUGCAUUGUGAAGCAGUAACACUACAAACUAGUGUCGCUCAUGCUGUGAAAAAACUACAGACGUGAGGAUGAAGGUGGUCAAUCUGAAGCAAGCCAUUCUGCAGGCAUGGAAGGAGCGAUGGAGCGACUACCAGUGGGCGAUCAACAUCAAGAAAAACUUUCCAAAAGGAGCAACAUGGGACUACCUAAAUCUCGCAGAGGCUCUCAUGGAGCAGGCAAUGAUUGGUCCCUCUCCUAAUCCCCUUAUUUUGUCUUACCUUAAAUAUGCUAUAAGUUCACAGAUGGUGUCUUACUCCAGUGUCCUUACAGCCAUCAGCAAGUUUGAAGAUUUUUCUCGAGAGCUGUGCGUCAAAUCACUGUUGGACAUAAUGGACAUGUUCUGCCACCGUCUCAGCUGUCACGGGAAAGCAGAGGAAUGCAUCGGCCUGUGUCGGGCCCUGCUGGCAGUGGUGGUGUGGCUGCUGCAGGGCUGUGGCUGGUACUGUGACAAGCUGAGAGAACCAGGCCCAACAGCCAGCACAGAGGCCAGUCUGCGAGCUUGCCAGGAGAGGCUUCACAGUCUGAUGAACUGCACUAAGAACAGAGCCUUGGUUCACAUUGCCCGGCUAGAAGAUCAAGGAUCCUGGAACAGUGUAGAGCAGGCAGUGCUUAAAGUGACCGAUGGCCUCAGCGUCGUACCUAACCAAACACUGAGGACUAAACUGGAGGAAAGUUUGUCACUAGUGAAAGGUAUUCCAGUGAUGCUGUCGGUUCAGUGUGAAGCUCCGCUUCACGCGUCCUUCCCGUCAGUCCACGCCUUCAUCAUGCUAGAAGGGACCAUGAAUUUAACGGGGGAGACGCAGCCACUUGUGGAGCAGUUGAUGAUGAUCAAGAGAAUGCAGAGAAUUCCUGCUUCUCUUUUUGUCCUGGAGAUUUGGAAGGCUUGCUUUACUGGCCUCAUUGAGUCACCAGAGGGCACAGAGGAGCUUAAAUGGACUGCCUUUACUUUCCUCAAGAUCCCGCAGGUUUUACUCAGACUGAAGAAGUAUCCUCAAAGUGAAAAGGGACAGGACUUCAUGGAUGAUGUAAACAUUGCAUUCCAAUAUUUACUCAAACUCACUCCACUGCUGGACAAGGCUGAUCAGCGAUGCAAUUGUGACUGCCUCAGCAUGCUCUUACAGGAGUGUAACAAGCUCGGUCUGCUGUCGGAUACUAAUACAGCCAGCCUCACUUCAAAACGGGAGCUCGCCCCAAGGCUAAAGACCGCAGAAAAUGCUAACAUCCAGCCCAAUCCAGGUCUGAUUCUGAGAGCUGAGCCAACGGUCACCAAUAUUCUAAAGACAGUCGAUGCAGAUCACUCCAAGUCCCCUGAGGGCCUUCUCGGGGUCCUGGGACACAUGUUGUCUGGGAAGAGCCUUGAUCUUCUUCUGGCAGCAGCAGCAGCCACUGGGAAACUCAAAUCCUUUGCCCGGAAGUUUAUUAAGCUUAACGAGUUUCCCAAGCACAUCAGCGGAGAAGGAUCCAAGUCUGCGUCAGUCCGGGCCUUGCUCUUCGACAUCUCCUUUCUCAUGCUCUGCCACGUGGUGCAGACAUAUGGUUCAGAGGUGAUUCUGUCCGACCCCAGUCCUUCAGGGGAGACGCCUUUCUUUGAAACGUGGCUGCAGACGUGUAUGCCCGAGGAGGGGAAGACUCUGAACCCGGACCACCCUUGCUUCAGACCUGAGCCUGGCAAAGUGGAGAGCCUGGUAACCUUGCUGAACAACUCCUCAGAGAUGAAAUUAAUUCAGGUGAAAUGGCACGAAAUUUGCCUCAGCAUUCCAGCGGCCAUCCUGGAAGUUCUGAACGCGUGGGAGAACGGCGUACUGUCUGUGGAGGCAGUACAGAAGAUUACUGACAACAUCAAGGGAAAGGUGUGCAGUAUGGCCAUCUGUGCGGUGGCGUGGCUGGUGGCUCACGUCAGGAUGCUGGGGAGGGACGAAAGAGAGAAACCCCAGACGAUGAUCAGGCAGCUUGUGACUCCACACUAUGGAGAGAACACUCUGCAGUUUUACAACGAACGCGUGAUCAUUAUGAGUUCCAUCAUGGAGCACAUGUGUGCGGACGUCUUCCAGCAAACGGCCACAACUCUGCGGCCGCCAAUGGAGGGCCAGGAGCCCAUUCCUUACCGCAACCUGCUGCCGUCCAAAGAGCCCAUCCACACGGCCCUCAGCAAGCAGUUCCAGACUGUGCUGCGCAAAGGCUGGGUGGACAGCCGGGCCCUGCAUCUCUUUGAGUCUCUCCUCAACAUGGGCGGAGUCUUCUGGUUCACUAACAAUUUGGUCAAGGAACUGCUGAAGGAAACUCGACAGGAGUGGGCCAACCGUGCGGUGGAGUUACUCUACAGCAUCUUCUGUCUGGACACUCAGCAGAUCACCCUCACUCUGUUGGGGACCAUCCUGCCCAACCUGCUCACAGACGCCGCCCACUGGCACAGCCUGGCGGAUCCACCCGGCAAGGCCCUGGCCAAGUUGUCUGUGUGGUGUGCACUCAGCUCUUACUCCUCUCACCACAAAGGCCAGUUCUCAGCUCGUCAACGAAAAAGGCAGCGAGAGGAUAUUGAGGAUUACAACAGCCUCUUUCCCCUGGAUGACACUCAACCAUCUAAACUCAUGCGCCUGCUCAGCUCCAACGAGGAUGAGCCUGUAGCCCUUUCCAGUCCAGGCGACCGAUCGAUGAGCAGCUCCCUCUCAGCCUCCCAGCUCCACACUGUCAACAUGAGGGACCCUCUGAACCGGGUCCUGGCCAACCUAUUCCUCCUCAUUUCCUCCAUCUUGGGCUCCAAGAUGGCUGGACCUCACACCCAGUUCGUGCAGAGUUUUAUGGAGGAGUGCGUCGAGUGCCAGGAGCAGGGAAGUCGAGGGAACAUCCUUCAGUUCAUGCCCUUCACAAUGGUUUCUGAGCUGGUGAAGCUGCCCGCUCUGGCCAAACCCAGAGUCGUCCUGGCCAUCACUGACCUGACACUGCCGCUGGGGAGGAGAGUAGCUGCCAAAGCCAUAGCUGCCUUGUGAACAGUGCGUCAUCUAACGUCAGUAUUACAUAAACUGUAUAUUAUUAUUAUUAUUAUUGUUAUUGUUCAGCCCAGGAUUGAGUCAGCAGAGAGAUGGCAACACAAGUGAAUACUUUAAUAACUGUUUUGUGCCUGGCAGGAUCAUCCAUUUAAAUGUUUGUUGUAAAAAAAAAAAAGACUUCCAUAAACACAUUUUUACCGCUGUCUUUUUAGCUUGUUUUCCACACUUGAAAAAAAUAUGUACAUAAAAUUUGGACUAAAAUUCA